AUGGCCAUGAAUUUCGCGCCCUACCAAUCCUCGCCGCCCGAGAGCGAGCGCGCGAGAUCUCCACCACCGCUCCGCUCGCCCACCAGCUCCCCGAAACCAAACCAGCAACGGCCUCAACAUACGCGCAACAUCUCCUCAGUCGCAGACACCUCCGAUCCCUGGGCCGCCGCGCGCGCACAGAGACUCCCUUCGCCCUCCCAAUACGCCGAUGACACCGACACCGGUGGCUACCAAGAUCUGGAAGACGGACCGCGACCUUACAACAGCAAUCGCUACAACGACUAUAUCGGCAACCAGGCCCUCCAAGGCGGCGGAGCAACAUAUCAGAGUGUAUUCGAGACAUCUCUGGGCCUGCCAUUGAAGAUUGAAGCUUGUCUCGCAUACCUACUGCUGCCUCCUGCGGGAGGUGUGGUCCUGCUUCUCUUCGAACACAAAAGCGACUAUGUCCGCUUCCACGCCUGGCAGAGCGCGCUGGUAUUUUCGGCCCUGUUCCUCGUGCAUAUCAUAUUCAGCUGGACGGCAAUCAUAAGUUAUAUGCUCUUGGCUUUUGAUCUGUGCCUGAUUGGAUACCUGGUGCUAGGGGCGUGGAGAAACGGAGAGACGUUGGAUCGGGUGGAAGUUCCGAUUUUGGGGAAAGUGGCUAGUGGUUUUGUGGAUGAUGAGUAG